CGAAGAAGAGAAACGGACCAAUCACAGAGCUGACAUUUGUGUUUUGAAAGAAACGCGGUUGGGUUGAUGGCAGCUCAACGCUUGGUUUGUUUAACCUGUUCUUGUCACUUUUGCUACCCUUUUUGAAGUUGGCUGUUGAAAGUUCGAAGGGAACUGUCUAUCUUGAUUUGAAGUCGUAGUAGGAGUUUCCCAGGACUUCAGAGUAAUGUCUUCCAGGAGGUCAAGUGGGGAAGGCUUGCCUUCAAGCAAACGUGCCCCUCUGAGAAGUCUGGAGAAUGAAAUGCUGCAUCUGUCAACUCCAUCGAAAAUCAAGUCAAAGUCACUGAUAAGAGUGAAUGAUGUUCCUCUCUGUAACCCAGAAGCAUACUCCCAAUCUCCUCCAUUCACCAAAUUGAUACAAACCAAUAUUUCCAAUAUGGAUAUGACAGCUGCUGAGACAGCUUGUGGAUUUGGAGAUGUAACAUUUAAAUCCUUUAUCUGUCUUGGUGGGGAAGUUCAGAUUACAGGUGCUUCAGUGUGCACUGAAGAAAGUAUUAUUUUGCCCAAGGAUCAGGCUAUGAUUAACACUAGUGAGACAGAAGAUUCGGUUAUCUCUGACAGUAUGAUAGUUCAGUCGUGCUGUGACCACAUAGAACACCCCUAUCACAAUCCUGCAAUGAAAGAUGCCUCUCUGGUUGAUACCAACGCAGCAUGUCUCUGUGAAAUUUCUGAUGCUACUCUGGCGUCUGGGGACUUGGCUGAUAAAUGUGCCACACAAGAUUUCAGCGCUUUUCAGCAAGAUGUCACUUGGAAAUCCUUUGUCUGUGAUGGCACUGAGGUGGAAGUUUCUGAUGUCACCAGACUACAAGAUGAGACCAUUCCUCUGCCCAAGGCACAGCUUGGUGAACAUUUGGAAGAAAACAGCGUGAAUUCGACAAAUCUCUUGGACUGCAGCCAAAUACAUCAAGCGGAACAUGCAGAUCAUCCCUACUGUAGCAGUCAAAAUGGUGUUUGCGUCAUCGCCUCCGUCUCCUCUGAAACCAUAAAGGGUUCUGAUGAGCCUGCUAAUGGACUGAGUGAUGUAACCUUUAAGUCAUUUAACUGCACUGGAGGGGAGAUUCAAAUUUCAGAUGGCACCAAACUUGCAGAUGAGACUGUUCCUCUGCCAGCUGACCAAACCUGCAGUGAGUCAAUGAAUGAUGGUAUUGAUCCAAGCAUUUUAGCUGGUCACCGAGAUGUGCAAAAUGGUGAUGAUCAUUUAGAUCACCCAUACUGUAAUGUUGAAAGUUAUCCAUCAACCCAAAGUGGCAACUUCAACAUUACCCAGGAACCAUUACCAUUCAGCCUUGAUGCUGUGGAGGAGGAUAAACAGAUACGGUUGGUGGUACCUGAUAGACCGACUGACACACAAAAGGGUGUUACAGUCGGCUCUUUCCUCAGUGCCAGAGAUGAGGGUGAAGAUUCAAAUGGAGCCCAAUUGUCUCAGAAGACCUCCACUCUGCCUGAUGACCAGGCUGUGAUCAGCCAGACCCUGGAUGACAAUGAUGUAAAUAUUUCAGUUACACAGGAUCAAAUUCAAGAUGACUACGAACAACCCAACAGCUACGUAGAAAACAACAAGAUUGUGGUAGAUAGUGACCCACCGGCUAUCACGACAUCGUCCCUGACCAACACCUCUGUAAAGUCACCGGGUGAUAAAUCUGUUCACUCUCAAAUGCAAGAACCAUCAGAAUAUGACUUGCCGUCAGUGCCUCAUGAAGCUGAGUCUUCUGAAUGCAGCCGUCUUGUGGCCUCGGCCACAGCUCCUGUACCUGUGGCAGUGCAUCAGGACCCUGUCUCUAAUGUGCACCUCAGCAGUGAACCCCAUGAAUCCAGUGAGGCAAAAGACGGUACUCUUGGUUCACAUGGGAAUGAACCAGUUCUUUGUGACUCGGCAGACAUAGCCCCUCAUCCAGAAAACCUCCCUGAAGUUUUCAAAGUGCUGUCAAGAUGCCCCUCAGUAGCAUCAGCUUUGCAGUUUGGACUCCUCAGUCCUGUUGUUCGGAGAGCCUCUUUAUUUUUAUUAGGGUCUAAUAAGGAUCCUCCUGCAGACCCAUUUUUGGCUGAUGAUUCUGCUCUUGAGGAUGAAAAGAGCUUCUUAGCCCCUCUUAAUGUCAACCCUAGUGGGUUGUGGGCAGAUCACUUGGAGAGUCCCAUGCCACGUCCUCUGUUUAACUCUACAGCACUCAGUCGCAAGGCCCAGCCAGGCCCAGUCGAUGAAGCUGAUGUGGAUGUGAGCCCUUGUGCAAUUCCUGAGCCUGAAGUGGAGAAGCCGGUUCUGGAUGUUCCUUCGGUUCCAGAUGGUCCCCUUCAGCAGCAGCUCCGGCAGAUGGCAGAGUUCCUCUUAUUAGUGACAGGAAAGAUGGAUCCUGCUGCUGUCUCUGCUCCAGUUCCGCCUUCUUCUGCUGUCCCUAUCCCAUCGGCACAAGCUACUCCUACAGAAUCCCACAGUGUCUGUGUGGGCACCAGUCCUAUGAAAUGGGUCGACCACAGUGUCAAUACAUCUGGCCAGUUUGAGAGGAGGAGGGUUUUCUCUGUGGUCGAUUCCUGCACUCUGACUGACCCGCUCCUGUGGAAUGUACCUCCAGGCAGCCUAGAGAGUCUUCCCAGACAAGAGCUGGAGCAGAGGUUAAGAUCCAGUAUGAUCAUGGUGGAGGCUUUGGUGCAGCAGUUGACUGCAGCCAGGACACAUGGCUGUCCUGCUGGCCCAGCCCCUUCAGACCUUAGGGAGAAACUAGUGCAGACAGACCACACUGAACUCAGUCAGACCUCGAUGCACAGAGACCUAUAUUUGGAGGCUCUGAACAGGAUUGGUGAGUUGGAGCUGGAUGGAAGUUCUCUACAGAACCUCGUACAGCGCAUGCAGGAAAUGAGGGUCACCAUGACAUCUUUGAGUUGUGACACGGAUACUGCUCUCUCUAACAUGAAGCAAAUAGCAGAGGAUGUCAAAGAGGAUCAUCAAAGCCUUGUUUCACAUUAUGGUCAAAUGAAGUCUCUAUUAGAGAAAACGAAGAAGACACAGACAGUAAUGAUGCAGAAGGUCAAAGAUGCUCUUGUCCAAAAAGAUGACAUGAGAAUACAGAUGGAGGAGGCUUUCACAACCAAGGAGGCGGCCUUCAGUGCAAUGGAACAGCUGAGGACACACUGUGCCACAGAAAUCUCACAGCUGGAGAGGAUUGUUGGGUCUCAGGAAGAACUGUUUGCUGCCCUGAACGAGACUUACUCAGAAUUGGUGGCAUUAAACCAAACCCAAACUGAAACGCUGAAUUCUGCAUCUGACAUUUUGUCAACAACCAAAGAGGAGCAAUCCGAUUUGAUGAAAGAACUCUGCACAGUCAGAGGCCUUCUGCAGAAAACUGUUCCCAUACUUCUGAAGCUCAACCAGAAGGCAGCUGCUGCUCUGAAAGAGAGGGACGAGCAUAUCACUGCUAGAGACCAGGCCAUUGAAGAGAGAAAGCAGAUGGAAGAAGAAUGGAACCAGACUAAUUUGGAUCUCCAAACUGCCAGAGAACAGAUUGGUGAUUUAAAUCUGCAGGUGACAAUUCUGACCUCAGAGAUGGGUGUGCUGCGUCAGAAGCUAACAGAAAGAGAUGACGAGAGAGGUCAGCUGGAGAGGAAGGUGACAGAGCUGUCUGCCACUGUAUCCUCCACUUUGGCCUCCUACACCUUCCUGGAGCAGGCCUUUGCUGCUGAGACUACAAAGUUGCAGCAGUCAUGGAAGGACAUUCAGCAAGCCAAGGACAGGGCAAAUGAGCUGGAGACGUCACUGCGUCAGUCGGAGCAGAAUGUGAGUGAGUUGAGUCAGGCUCUGGCUCAAAGUGAGUGGCAGCUCAGUCAGCUACAGUCCCUCUCACAGUCCCAGAGCGUGGAGAUCCAGCAGCUCCAGGAGCUUUGCGCACAGCUCAGCAACGUCCGGGAGAUGAACGAGUUCUUGCAGAUGGAGAAUGAGUUAGCGAGAGAGCAGAUGUCUGAAAGUGAGCGUAUGCUGAGUUCUAACUUGCAGGGGCUCCGAGAGAGGAACAUCCAGUGUGAGGACCUAAAAGAAGAACUAAAUAAACUUCAGCUUGAGAACAGGAGUUUGAAGGAGGAGCUGGAAACCACAAAGUUUAAAGCCAGUGCCACUGAACUCGAGCUCGGAGACAAACUGGCGCAAACAGGCACUGAGAUUACUUUGCUGCAUCACACACUGCGAGGGCUGAUCAAUGAGCUACACACUGCUCUCAAUGAUCAGAAACAAGACCAACUGAAGGAUAAAGAGUCUCAAGCAGUCUUCAACGUAGAGCGUCGGCACCCCUCCUGCUCCUUUGUCGACAGCAUCAUGGUUGCAUUAACUACUGAGAAGGAAGAAAACGCCAACACAGAGACGCCUCCAGGACCAGUCUCCUCAGACGUGCCUGAGCCACAGUGUGAAACUUUGUUCAGUGAGACGAGUGCCUUCACUCGCAUUGCAGCCGUCACCCCGAAAAAGAAUUUGAACACAGUAGAGUUUGAGCCCGAGGAUGACGACCAGAACAGCUUAGCAACGCUGUUCAUUGGCCUGGACAGCACCGUCACAGAGCUCAGCAGCACCCUGAAGCUGGUGCUGCAGCGUAAAGAUGCCCAGCUAGAGGAGCUGCACAACAACAUCUGUGGCCUCCAGGUGGAGCAGCAGGCCGCGAACAACAGACACCAGACUGAGUUGUUUGAGCUCAAGAAUCAACUCAGCCGUCUGAACAGCCUGGCUGAGAGGGGAAAUCAGGCACUGCAGCAGAAAGCUCAGGACGAGAAAACUGUGGCAAAGUUGAUGUCAGAAGUACAGGAGACCCAAGAAGCUCUGAAUAGACACAAGGCUGACAGUAACGAAUUGCGAAAAGAGGUGAUCGAGCUUCGCCGUUCACUCCAGCAGUCGGUAGCGGAGUCUCAGUUCCUGCGGGAGGAGUUGAGAAAAGCCGCUGGCCAGUCAGCUCCUCCAGCACAUUUCAUGGAAGAGAAGAUUCGGUUGUUGAAAGAGGUGGAGAGACUGAAGUCGAGUCUGCAGGAGGUGGAGCAAGCCAGAGUUAAACUGCUCGAGAGAGCAAAAAGACACCAAAUCAUCCACCAGACCAACCAGCAGAAAAGUGAGAACGAGCUUCAAAUGUUGAACCACAUGAUCAAUAAAGUCAGAGAGACUCUGCUGUCUUUGCCAGAUGUCGUGAAGAACAGCGAACAGCUCCAACAGCUUGUUGAAUACAUCGGCUGAUGUGUUUGUUAUUGUCACUUGCAUUUAUUUUAUUUAUGUCUGUUGUGUUUUAGCUUGUUCUGUUAAGUGUUAAUAUUUUUAGCAUGACUGAAAUAAAACAAGUUGUAUUUGUUAAACUUA